AUGACAUCAGCAUGGGCCAGUACAGAGUCUGUGGCCGCGUUGGCAUCUGGCUACGGCCAUGGAAGCGGCCGUCCGAGACCUGGAGGAGGCCACCUUCAAGAGAAGCGCCGGGAGGAAACUUACGCAGACGACGAGGAAGACGAAGGGACCUGGAGUGAUGGAAGCAGAAGUGAAAAGAGAGGCAGAAGGGAAAGCUACCAUUAUCGCUGUCUGGAUGGGCCUGAAAAUUGGGAUCGUACUCACCGGCCCCGACUGCUUACAGAAAGGCGCAGUCCUAGCCCCAGCCGCUCUCGACAACGAAAUGCCUUACGCGACACAAGAGACAGUAUCAGACUGCUGCUGCCACCACAGCUAUCAACGAGAGACCAAAUGAGUGACGGAGGUCGCAGUGGCUCCUACCAGAGCAGUCAUUCCUCUUCGUCGCGGCAUCGUGCUGAAGCUCAAAGAAGGAAACUGCAAGUCAGCCGGUCUCAGGAUGGUCGUAGUCGUGAUCAUUCUCCGGCAUCGCAAGCACUGGGUCGAGUGUGGCCCAACGAUCUUUAUUUCGAAGAUAAGAGAAAACACCAAGAUAGCUCUCCGCACCAGCCAUACGGCAGAAAUCAUCAUAGAGACAUGAGACGGAACGGAGGGUCAAAGUACGGCAGAAAGUCAGAGACAUCGAGCCGUCGCCGAGACAGCACCCCGUGGCCGCGGCUUGAACAUGUAUCUGUGGAUGAGCUCAGUGAUAUCGGCCGGAGGCACGGCGACCAACAAAAGCCUAGAAUUAGACAUUAUGGCAGGAGUGAGGAAGUCCAGGAGGGACAGUCGUCGGUGCCCUCUUAUUCGCGUACCGAAUCAGUGGACGAGAAUUAUAGAGCAAGUCGGACGCAUCGUCAACAAAAGAGAAGCCCAUCGCCGCCAUCAAACAGGGGCAAGAACGGCGAGGAUAGGGGGCGAUACCGGGAAGAUGCCAUGACAGAAGAUGACCAUCAUAGCCAGCACAACCACAGGCGCAGUAAGGAUGAUCACGAGAGAACACCAUCCGCGUUGGAGGCGGCUGUCCGCAAUGCUCUGCGCGCCGGUACAUUGGCAGCGCUUGACUGCCACGACAGCCCGGGCGACUGGCUGGGCGACAAGGGCACGCGCGUGGCUACGGCAGCACUGAAAGCCGCCAUUGUCGACACAUACAUGGAGCACCGGCACCCACAAAAAGUCAAUGGGAUCCGACACACGGCCAUGCGGCAUGCGGCCGAGUAUGCCAUCACCAAUGCACUUGCGGGGCCGCUGAUGCAGUUCGCGGCCGAGGAGAGGAGGCGAAGACGAUAA